CCCACGGCACGCAGGAAGGCUUCCAUCCUAACAGUAUCCUCCCUUUCCUGUGGAUCGACAGCUGUGAUUUGAACAAAACCACUCCACAAAUUGAAUGCCUCAACAAUGAGACUUUGUAUGGACAGUGUGAGGACUGAACCCCUGGGUAUGAUGCUCCCUGAGAAUAUUUUGGACGAAUGCUCGGAACGACAGCACAACAACGAGAAUUCUGAUUUGUGCGACAUCUGCGAUAUACUAGGUAUCACCGUCGAAAGAUUUGAAUCCUUCUCGAUGGGAAAGAAGAAGGCUCUCUGUAGCCUAGCAUUGUCUAUACGUUACUUAACUCGUCAGCAAGAACUUGAUGGCGGAAAUUUGGAUGGCAAGUUGCUGCCAUGUCAGAAACCAUUCUUUCGCUUCGAAUAGGAAAUUAUUUGUUGAUCUGAUGCUGUAAAAUAGCUCCUCCUCUUGUAAAUUUAAUGGAUUAAAGAAAAGUUCAGG